AUGCUUUCCUGUCACAACAGGUGCCUGUCUUUCAAAGCAAUUUCACCGAUGUCUCCAUACUAGUGAGUCAUUUGAGCCGACUGACUCAGAGACGGCGCGGCAUAAGAAAGUGUUCGAGACAAAGCCAAUCCGUUUACGCUCAGUUUAUCGAGUAUCUCUAUUUCUGGAUCUCUGUGCGGUCAGUAUACUACAAACCAAGCUUCUCAAUGGCGUUCCCUUUGAGCCUGGUCGAUGGGAUCAUCCUUGGCGUGACUGCUGUCGUUCUGCUUUACAUGUAUGCAGCGAGGCACCGAAACUACUGGAAGAGCCAGAGUGUGGUACACGAUACGUUUUCUCUGAUAUUCGGGCCCGCCAAGAGAUUGCUGUUGAAGCCACUGUGCCUCAGCGAUCAGGAAAAGUACAAGAAAUAUGGACGACUAUACGGUGCUUACGAACAAGGAAAGCCAUGCCUCGUUGUGGCCGAACCUCGCCUGGUAAAACAGGUCCUAGUCAAGGACUUCCACCUUUUGCCCAACCGAAGGCUGCGACGCACAUCGAACGCCCUGUUGGACAACAUGAUGGUUAUGGCAGCGGCGGAGCGCUGGCGAACAAUCCGCCCCGCUUCCAGUCCGGCAUUCUCGACUGGGAAACUGCGCAAGAUGAAUGCGUUGAUUCAGGAUUGCGCGAGAAUCACGUGUGAGCAUCUCAAAGAAGUUGCACAGAGAAAGGAAGACAUCGAUGUCAAAAGGUUCUUCGGACACUAUUCACUCGACGUGAUCGCAAGGUGCGCGUUCGGCACAACGCUCGAUUCUCACACGGAUGCCACCAACGAGUUUGUGACGCAAGCCAGCAAAGCCUUUUCCGCAAGAAUAUCUUUGAGGCUGCUUAUUGCAGUGCUUUUUCCUGGACUGGUGAAAAUGUUCAGCUUUAAAACGGCAAAAGGUGACGAGUUUGAGUACUUCAGAAAUGUUUGUCAGCGCAUCAUAAACGAGAGACGUCAGAAUGACCACCGUCAAGACGAUUUCUUGCAGCUCAUGAUGGAUGCUCAGGAUGGUAGCCUGGCUGCGAGCGAUGAAGGUUUAGCGGAGCCAGACGACAAGCUUUUUGACAUUGGUUCCGAAACUAAGCUGACUUCACCAACCAGUAGUAAACGUCUGAGUGAACUCGAAGCCAUGGCGCAGUGUGUGCUCUUCUUCCUGGCCGGCCAGGAGACUACUUCCUCAACGAUAGCCUUCACUGCUUACCUCCUUGCACUUAACCCAGACGUCCAAGAAAAGCUCCGAAAAGAAGUGGACGAUUGCAUUGAGGCUAAUGGUCCCGAGCCCAGCCUAGAUGUCAUCUCCAAGUUGAAGUACCUGCACUGCGUGGUAUCGGAAACGUUAAGGUUAUAUCCACCGGCAACAAGGCUUGAGCGGUCAGCAUACGAAGACUACGUACUUGGUGACACCGGAAUCAAACUUCCAAAAGAGUGCUCUAUUUUCAUUCCGGUUUACGCAAUGCAUCACGACCCGGAGCUGUUCCCCGACCCUGAGAGCUUCAAACCUGAACGAUUCAGCGAUGAGAACGUCGAAUCCAUUGAGCCGUACACUUACCUUCCUUUCGGUGCUGGGCCACGUAACUGCAUUGGAAUGCGCUUCGCUCUUCAGUCCGUCAAGCUAUGCCUGCUUCAUUCUCUGCACAGCGUUCAGUUCAUUCGCACCGGCAAAACGAAGGUUCCACUGACCAUUAAGAAAGGACUCGGCGUCCUGACAGCAGAAGACAUUACAGUUGGAAUACGGAGAAGGCCAGAUCAAGACAUCUAGUUAUGGUUUUACGAAAUGACAGAAAGUUACUCUGCACUGUAUGCCUGCUCUUGCAAAAUUAAAGUAAUGCACCAUUUUGUGUGAAAAUAAUAUC